CCAAUAUCCAACAGUAUUUUCAGGAAAGGAGAUGAUGAUGAUGAUGAUGUGCAGAGAAUCAGGAAAAUAAAGGGGAGGCUAGAUGACUACUCAGCUGCUCUCGAGGAAAUUUACAGUUCGCUAGGCGCAGAAGAUGAUAGAGGAAAGAAACAAUUAGUGUCCUCAACGAGCCGGCAAACGAGCUCCUUUUCGACUGAACCUCAAUUGUUUGGCAGAGACAAAGAGCUGCAAGAACUCAAGGAUUUGUUGUUCAAACCAGCAGUUGCAUCUGAAUUUGGCCAAAGUGGAGUUGCUGUUUUAUCUAUUUAUGGUAUGGGAGGGAUUGGGAAGACCACUCUGGCUCAGGAAGUGUUCAAUGACAGUAGCGUGAAAAAAUACUUUAAGCUCAGAAUUUGGGUCUGUGUUUCUGAAAAUUUCUGCACAGAUAGGCUGACCAGAGAGAUUAUAGAGUAUGCAACCAAGAAGAAGUGUGAUCUCACGAAUUUCGCUGCUCUUCAAGUGGCUCUCAAAGAGAAGAUCACGCCAAAGAGAUUUCUUCUUGUAUUGGACGAUGUGUGGAACGAGGACAGGCACAAAUGGGAGAGCCUCUGUGCACCAUUGAGGUCUGGAAAGCCCGGUAGCAAGAUAUUGGUAACGACUCGCUCUAGGAAGAUUGCUAAAAUGGUUGGUGAUGUGGAUGCCAUUCAUCUGCAAGGUCUGGAUGAGGAGAGCUUCUGGGAAUUUUUCAAGAAAUGUGCAUUUGGUUGUUCAAAUAGUGGAUUUCAUCAUCCUCAUAUGGAAGCCAUGGCGAAGAAGAUGACUUGCAAGCUCAAGGGAUUGCCGCUUGCAGCAAAGACUCUAGGAGGGUUGUUGAGCAUGAAAUUGGAUGAGCAAUACUGGGAAAGCAUUUUAGAUAGUGAAAUAUGGCAGCUUCCCCAAGAAGAAAAUGGGAUUAUGCCAGUGCUACAACUGAGCUAUCAAAAUCUCCCUCCUCAUCUUAAGCAAUGCUUUGCAUUUUGCUCCUUGUUUCCUAAAGAUUAUAAGUUUUCUGAAUCUGAGUUGAUCGGUAUUUGGAUAGCAGAAGGAUUUAUAGUGCCUCGAGGAAGUACCAGAAUGGAGGAGCUAGGAAGCAACUACUUUCAUGAGUUAGUUAACAGGUCAUUCAUUCAAAAGUCGAAGGAUAGAGAAUUUAUAAUGCAUGACCUCAUUCAUGAUCUUGCAGAACUCGUAUCUUUAGGCGAGUCUUACAGGAUUGAAAAAGGCAAGUCCCAUAAUAUUCCUAGCACCAUUCGUCAACUUUCAAUUUACAUAGAGGAAGAAGGUAUUGAGACUAGACUUUUAACAGAAUUCUCUCAUUGCGAUAAAUUACGGACUUUGUUGUUAGAGAGAUUCGCUAGCAUGAGUUUUAAUUUUGAUUGCAGUGUUUUGGAAAGAUUUAAAAAUAUUCAUGUGCUUGUCUUGAAGUGGUGUUCUUUGAAAGAACUACCUGAUAGUAUUGGCAAGUUGAUACAUCUCCGUUAUCUUGACUUAUCCAACAAUGAAGGCAUUCGAUGGUUGCCUGAGUCAUUAUGCGACUUGUACAAUCUGCAGACAUUGAUAUUAAGAUAUUGUUUUAACUUAAAAUGUCUCCCGCAUGGCAUGAUGAAGUUGAUCAACUUGAGGAACCUUUAUGGAGUUGAUAUGUUUAUUCCCGAGAUAACAGAGAUCGGAAAGCUUACUUCUCUUCAAAAUUUGCAUGCUUUCAAAGUGACAAAGGAUAAUGGACACAAACUUGUUGAAUUAAAAGGUUUGAACCAACUCCGGGGAUUUCUAUGUAUAACAAAUCUUGAGAAUGUGGAGAACAAGGAUGAAGCACAUAUUGCUAGUUUGAAGAGUAAAGAACACCUCGAUGAGUUGGUGCUAGAAUGGACAUCUCUGCAAGAAUCUGAUUCAGACGUUAAUUUGCACAUCUCAGAGCAGGUGCUUGAAGGUCUCCAGCCGCAUCACAACCUACAAAGGCUAACAAUCAGAGGAUACAACGGUGCUAGACCUCCCAAUUGGCUACAUGAACAAGUAUAUUCUAGAUUGGAAUCUCUCCGUCUUGAAAAUUAUAAAAGGUGGAACGAUCUAUCAGCUAUUGGGCAAUUAUCACAGUUAAAGUCCCUCUCCCUUGUGCGAAUUCCAGUCCAGACCAAAAAUAUACACAAAUUGUUCGAUCCAAAAAUCUGCAAGUUCUUCUCCCAACUAGAAAAUUUGGUACUAGAGGGUAUUACCAUGUUGGAGGAUCUCCCAAAUCUUGGACAACUUCCAUGUCUUACGUAUAUUUGCAUUCAGAGUUUGCUGGGAGUGAAGAAAAUAGGUGAUAAAUUCUUUGCCAUGACAGAGGAAGGCAGUUGCUUUCCUAGACUACGUACUCUCCGUUUCACAGAAAUGCCGGCAUGGGAAGAGUUCUAUGGCUCCGAUGAUAGAAAUCUAUUUCCUUGUUUGGAGUAUCUUCAUAUUUCAAAGUGCCAAAAGCUGAAGAUGUUACCUCCCCUUCCUCCUUCAAUACGAAGCCUAGACUUAAAUGACGUUGGGCUGGUAGAUUGUCCAAGAUUCUGGAAAGCAAUUGAUGAAUGUAGCAGUACAACUAAUUCUGCAUCUCUUACGUCUUUGUCCAUUCAGAAUUGCCAAAUUUGACAAGUCUAGAACCAGUGUUACUACCACACCAUCUUCUGCAGAUUGAUAUACAAAAAUGUGAACAAUUGUUGUGGGUGCCCGUCAAAAGGUUGAAAGAACUCACCUCUUUAUGGUCAUUGUCAAUAAAAGAUUGCCCGAAGCUCAUGAGCAAGACACCAGAUAAAUACAUUGAUUUCCAACUCCCGCCAUCAAUUACAGACCUAUGUUUUUCUGAUUGUGGAAAUCUUUUCAAAUCACUGCCUGGCUGCCUGCAUAACCUUACCUCGUUGACUUCCUUGUCGAUAAGCAAAUGUCCCAAUCUAGUUUCUUUGCCAGUAGAACCAUCGCUUAGAUUGACUCAUCUAGAAAUCCAGAAUUGCAAUGAGUUGAGAUCAGUAGAAGGGCUACCAAUAAAAAAUCUGGAGGUCUUGAAGAUUAAAGGAUGUCCUAAGCUUCUACUUCCACAAACAGAGAAAUUGCCAGUGUUGGAGCUAGAGAUUGAUGACACAGCGUUUAUGAAACAACCUCUCAUAAAAAAUUCAUUAUCAUCUGUCUUUGGACUUACAAUCUCAUCCUCUCGUGAAGCGGUGAUGUUUGAGGGGGAAGAUCAGGAGUCACUGCAAAGCUUGACAUCUCUCCAUGUCUUUAAUUUCUCUGAUUGCAAGAAUCUACAAUCCCUGCCAGCAAAAUUGUACACGCUUAAGUCCCUUCAGUUUUUGGUGAUAUAUAAUUGCCCACAAAUUCAGUCUUUGCCAGAGAAGGGGUUACCUCCUUCCCUUGCACAUAUAAAUUUUAAAGGUUGUGAUCAAGCAUUGGAGCAGCAGUUGGUAAGACACUUGGCGGAGAUUAAGAAGUCCUGACUUAUUCCGACAUCAUUGAGACACUUUGUGGAAGUAAAAUCACUAUAAUAUUUAUUUUCUUCAGUAGAGUAAUUAUACAUUUGCAAUUCAUUGGUUUCGCCGCCCAAUACUUUGCUUCAAGAAAUUAGUGCCUAGAGAAAUAAUACUGAGAUAGUGAUCCAUAUUAAAAGCUAAAAGGAGAUUGAUCUUUCAGCACGUAUUCGAUAGCAACGUUUAUUUCUGCUAUCAGAGUUGUCAAAUCUUCAGAUGCUAUUUUAACAAACUUCUACAAGUCGACAAUUAGGAGCUAGAAUGGAUGUAAAAUAAUAACCAAAGCCAACCAGCUAUAAAUACCGGAGCUCUCUAUGAAGUACAUGCGCCAUCUUUCAACAUAGUAAUGCGAAUCAGCAGAUCUUCAUUUGUCAAUUUCUCUUUUGUUCUCUACGAGAGGAGGGGCAGAUGCGAUCUUCAAGAACAUGAGAGGACGAUAGGGUUGGCAAUGUCGAGGGGCACGGAGGCUGAAAGACAAUCAAAGGGUCGGCACUGUUGGGAUUGCUGAUUGAGAAGGAGAUGUAAACUGCAGAACCAAAAACAUGGCUGCUCGUCGAGAGGAGAUCCUCUGUACCAUUUUUUGUUGUUAGAGGAUCUCCCUUUACAUGUAUUGGUGGAAAUAGAUGGUCUCCAUCUAUUUUACGAAUGGAAAUCAUCCAUCUCCAUCAAUACAUAUAAAGGGAGCAUCCUCUCAACCGAAUUUGAACUGCCAUCGCUCUUCGAUCCUCCGAUCUGAACCAACAGAACCAUUUGAGGCGGCAACAAAAUCAUUGAGGACAAUAGAAUCAACGAGGCCAGGUGGCCGGGGAGAGAAAUGAAACGGGAACUGUCAUCUUCGAAUUUGAAAUUCUCAAAACGCUAGCAAUGGUGAGUGAGUCUCACUCAAACAGUAUGUAUUUAGUUGUAUGAAGCUCUUGUAAGACAUCUUUUUAGACAGAUUGUACUUUCAUUUCUAAAACUGUCUAUGAAGAUUGUACGGUGU